AGUGCUUGGAGUGAGGAAGGCUGCUACGUUGCGGUUGGGGUGGGGUGGAGUGAAAACGGUGCGUUUUAGCUGAGGUUCGUAAAACCCCAAAUGUGGCAGAAAGCUAUAUCGGCGUCUUUGGGGUGCUUGAGCUUCCCUGUUCUAAAACCCUACUUACUCCGCAACCCCUCCACUACCACCAUUGCUAGAGCAUCCUCCAAACCCCAGAUUACCAUGAAAAAUCUCGACGAAUCGGACGUUGGCGUGUUCUGUUACAUCUCCAACCUCCCUGGCUUUCGCGGUGUUCUCAAACAAAGGUAUUCUGACUUUAUUGUAAAUGAAGUGGAUACUGAUGGAAAUGUCGUCCAUUUGACCUCUAUGGAUGCACCUCCAGAGGAAAUUGCUGAGGAAAUUAAAACAGAAACAGAAGCAAAUGAUGCAUCGAGCAAAAGUUAUACUUCUGAAUUUGAAUCUUUUAGAAGUCUUGCUGGUGACUCUGAUGCUGAGCGUUUUGAAGCUUUUAUGAGUCAAAUUAAUUCUGGUGAUGGUAAAGAGAGCGUUUCACCUAUUGUUCUUUCGCCGGAUUCUGAUAAACUUCAUCGAACGGCCAUGCACAAUUUUUUUAAGAAAAAUUUCAAGUUCCUUGUCACUGACACCAUUGAUGGGCCAGAUGUUUCCUCAAAGUGCAUCCGUGUGAGAUUAGAUUCUGGUGGGCAUGGCAAGAACUCCAGGAAACGGAAAGAGAGAGGUGGUAAACCUUUUGAUAGCAGAGGUUCAGAUGACUGGCAAGAGAAUAUUGGCAAAUUCCUUAGGUUUCAUCUCUGCAAGGAAAACAAGGAUUCACAGGAGGCAUUAGGAGUAAUAGCAAAGAUGCUUGGUGUUCAGCCAAGGUCAUUUGGGUUUGCUGGGACAAAGGAUAAGCGUGCUGUGUCAACUCAAAGGGUUACUGUUUUCAAGCAGCGUGCUAAGAAAUUAGCUGCUCUCAAUGAUAGGUUGAUUGGUAUUAAAGUGGGUGAUUUCUGCUAUGUCAAGGAAGGACUUGUCCUUGGCCAACUCUCGGGUAACAGAUUUACAGUCACAUUGCGAGGAGUUGUUGCAGAUUCUGAAGAGACCAUCAGAGCUGCUGCAAGUGCCCUAGGAAGACAGGGCUUUAUUAAUUACUUUGGUCUACAACGCUUCGGAAGUGGUUCCGUGCCAACUUAUCUUAUUGGGUCCAAGCUACUCAGGGGAGAGUGGGAAGCUGUUGUAAACAUGAUUCUUGAUCCAAGAGAAGGAGAAAGAAAUACAAUUGCGAUGGCUCGUCAAUAUUAUAAGGAAACUAACGACAUUGAUGGGACUUUAAGACAGUUACCUCGAUAUCUGGUUGCUGAGAGGGCAAUUCUGCAGUGUUUGAAGAAAUGUCCUGGGAACCACCUGCAGGCCCUGAAAGCAAUACCAAGAACUUUGAGAAUGAUGUAUGUCCAUAGUUACCAAAGCUAUUUGUGGAACCAUGCUGCUAGUACAAGGGUGCAAAAACAUGGAACUGACCAUGUUGUGGUGGGAGACUUAGUAUAUUGUAAAGAACAUGAUAUCGAGAAGGCGAAAGAAAUUGGUAAUGCUGAGUGUGAAGAAGAAGACCCUAAUGAUACACUUGAAUCUCAUGAAUUAGAUGAAAUCUCUGGUACUGAUCUUCCCGAAGAAAAGAAAAAUCCUGUGAAGGCUGUUACUGCAGAAGAUAUCCUUAAUGGAAAUUAUACAAUUGACGAUGUUGUCCUUCCGUUACCUGGUUCAAGAGUAAUUUUUCCAACAAAUGACAUUGCCCAAGUUUAUCAUGAUCUGGCAAUGAAGGAUACAAUCAGUUUAACAGAGAGUGUACACAAUGUCAAAGAAUUCUCAAUUACUAGUAUGACUGGAAGUUACAGGCGUGUUUUUCAAAAACCAAUCAAUUACGAAUGGGAAUUACUGAAAUACACCGAUGGCAGCAUACCUCUAGCAGAAACAGAUUUAGACAUUGUUGAUAAAUCUAAACCUGCAAAAGUUGUUGAAGAGCUUGCAGUCAAUGAAAGCAAAGGGAUCCCUGAAUUCGAUUGCUCAAAAAGAUCAAACCCCUCUGAGAAUGACAUAGAGCUUCAAACAGACAAUAACAAGGUGGAUGGUGAGAGAGAAGUUGGAGGGCAAAUUGAACCUAAAUCCCAAGAUGCCCAGACGGCUCUCAAGCUUAGUUUUACUCUCCCUGCUUCUUGUUAUGCGACAAUGGCCAUCAGAGAGCUUCUGAAGACAUCAACCUCCGUUGCUUUCCACAAAACGUUAAACUAGAACUUUCAUGGCAUUCCUGGACAGGGGAAAUGACCCCUUGCGGGCCCAUGUCACAGUUUUGAGUACCAUAUUUUACAAAUUACACCUUUACAAGGGGAGAGAGUUUAAACUGUAUUUGAAUACAAUAUGUACAAAUUCCACCUUUACAAGGUUGUAUUCUUUAUGUUCUUAACAAUAUAAUCUAUUAACUUUUCACUUGAAA